UAUAAAAUAAAAAAAACACAUAUAUUUAUAUUUAUGUACAGAGUGAAUAAGACGGCAGAACAGAGUAUCCAAUCACAAUCUAGUAUUAGAAAAUCAAAGAAAGUGAAAAUUACUAGCCGAAUCUAUUUCUUUUUGGAAUAUGGGCACGCAAAUUACUGCUAAUUACUAUCAUAACUUCUCUUUAACACCACCGCCAUUUUUAUUUUCAAGAUCACCAUCUCUUCAGCUCAACAAAAACAUACCAUUUUCAAGACCAAAAUCCGGUGGGUUAAGCUUAAAAUAUGGAGGAGUUUCUGUUGUGGCAUCGUCGUCAAGUAACGUGGCUGCGCCGUUCUGGGAUUCUUGGCGGCCUGAAAAGUCGUCUUCUGCGCCUGCUUUAAUUAGCGACAUCCUCUGGCCGUCUGCAGGAGCAUUUGCGGCUAUGGCUAUUUUAGGAAAGAUUGAUCAGAUUCUGGCGCCAAAAGGGGUUUCCAUGACUAUUGCUCCGUUAGGCGCUGUUUGUGCCGUCCUCUUCACUACCCCUUCGUCUCCGGCUGCCCGGAAGUACAAUAUGUUCAUAGCCCAGAUUGGUUGUGCAGCAAUUGGUGUUAUAGCAUUUUCAAUAUUUGGCCCGGGUUGGCUUGCCAGGAGCGUUGCCCUUUCGGCGUCAAUUGCGUUUAUGAUCUACACGCGUUCUACGCACCCUCCAGCUGCAAGCUUACCGCUUUUGUUCAUCGACGGAGCUAAGUUUCACGGCUUGAAUUAUCAAUACGCUUUGUUCCCCGGUGCUGCUGGAUGCGUUAUUCUUUGCUUGAUUCAAGAGAUUGUUUGUUACAUGAAGGAAAAAUUCAAAUUUUAAUUCUUGCAAUUUUCUCAAGCAUCAUUAGAAAUAGAGAUGAUUUUGAUCAACAGAAGGCCCGGAUCCAAUUGAUGGUUUCAAGAAACAAAUAUGUUACAGAAUUAUCUUCAACAUCUACACACAAUUGUACCUAAACAAAAGCUUGUAGAUGUAUUUGUUCAACUAGUAUUUGCUAGCCUGUUUAUAAUAGGAUUAAAUUUAUAAACCAAUUAAUCAUUUACGGAAGCUUUUAACUUCUAA